GUUUAGUACACUCCUCCGACCGAUCCUACCCACUGCCAAUGUGUGCAUAGUGCGUACCUCCUUGUCUCCUUAACUUGGAUUCUGCAGAAAUCCGGGCAGCCUGGGAACAAAUUAUCUUGGAAGCUCCCCUCGUCCUCCGAGUACCAGCGACGCGCCUCUACACCUUUCUUCGUUGCUGCUUCUCUCUCUAAGAAUGCCCGGGAAGCCCUGAUAUUGUCGUAGGUCAGAAUGGCCGGACUUGAACAGAUUGAGGUUCACUCUCGGAACUACCUCGUACGCUGGAUUAACGUGAAGCAAGAACACACCAUCUCGUGGACUAUCCUACCUCACAAGAAAUCCAUCAACUUUGGCUUAUUCAAACACCCCGGACCGCUGUCCAACCUACAUUCCUCCUCUGCCUCCCUCGCUCCUCCCUCCCCAAAUCCUUCCGCAGUCGACGAAGACAAGUCAGAGACAGGCUCAAGCGCCAUUGAGAAGCUCACCGGGAUUGGGCUCAAGCAGAUCAAAUGGGUGGGCAAGUGUGAAGCUGACAGGGUCAGCCAUGGUAGGCACGACGUGCGCUUGGGAGAAGCCGGAAACUAUGCGCUGGUCUUUGAUAACACGUUCUCGAAGAGCAUCUCCAAGACAGCUACCGUGUUCCUGCUCACUUAUCCGACAGCAUGCCAGUCCCAAAUCCAAUUUGGUGCUCAGCCGCAACAAGGCCAGUCAAUGGCAACUGCAAUGGCCAUAGCCUCUUCGUCUGCGCCAUUGUUCAAAAGAAGCCCCAAGCUGAAGGCCAAAGACAAGGAGUCGGUGGACUCGCUUCGACAAGCGUCGAUCAACCACUCAAUUGCAGGCAGCAUUGCGCCUGUCUCGGAAGGACUACGAUUGGAUUCGCCGUCGAUCCACACCGGAGUCCUCCAGAAGCGCAGGCGUAAGAAGCACCAAGGCUAUGCUAGGAGGUUCUUCUGCCUAGACUAUACGUCCUCGACACUGUCUUACUAUCGCGACCGGAACUCAUCUGCGCUUCGAGGCGCCAUCCCACUGUCCCUCGCGGCCAUCACGGCCAACACCAAAUCGCGAGAAAUCACAAUUGAUUCCGGAGCUGAGAUUUGGCACCUGAAGGCCAGCAACGAAGCGGACUUUCAGGCUUGGAAGAACGCAUUGGAGACAGCGGCGCGACUCAUGCUGCAUUCUCACCCGCCAGGCGAGAACUCACAAAUUGACAUUGCCAAGGACGCCAGAAGCGACGGAGCCAGCGUUUUUGACGGCCAAGAAUGGGCGAGAUUGGAGACUCUCUUGAGCAGAAUAUCAGGUACACGCGAUGCUGUGCGUAGACUCUGUCUAGAUACCCUAGCUCAAGGACUACCUCCCCCAUCGCCCAGGUUGGGCUCGACUUCGCCAGGUUCCACGCCUACCGAGGCUCCCAUGGACGACUAUUUCAAGCAAGACGAUAAGCGACCUUUUUGGAAGAGGAAACCCAGUACGAAUAAUAGUCAGACGAACAUCUUCAAGCGCAGUGUUUCUGCUCAAUUAGCUGUUCCCGUUCCUGGCGUCGAACCACUCCUAAGAAACGGCAUACCAGUCCCCCAAGUGCCGCCGGACGGACAGAAUAGGCCACAUCUUCGUCACGAGGAAAGCAUGCAUGAUCACUGCAAAGCCGUGCUGCAUGAUCUGGAUUCCGUAGUUGGCGAAUUCGCUAUCCUCAUAUCGGAGAGCAAAAUCCGAAGAACAACCCCUCCGAAAUCUACAGUGUCUCGGCUAAGCAUGCAGUCGGUCGAGUCGCAAGAGUACUUUGACGCCGAAGACACGUCUCGCGUCUGGGACAUUCACUCUGAUACAGAUCAUGAAGGUACGGAUGAAGGUACGGGUGAAGAUGAAGACUCGGUAACAAGCAGUGACAUUGGGGAGGAUUCGCUGGACGUGGCGAAAAGGCGAUCUGGGAGUGUUUCGACAUUUCUCCCUCCACGCUCCAAGUCCUUGACGCCGUUACCACUGGGUCCCAUUCCGCGACGAAAUCAAAUUGCUCCUCCGACCAUCAUGCCCCCCAGUCUGAUUGGCUUUCUCCGAAAAAAUGUGGGCAAAGAUUUGUCCACAAUCUCCAUGCCGGUGUCUGCGAAUGAGCCUCUGUCGCUGCUUCAGCGGGCGGCUGAACAGCUGGAGUAUUCACCGUUGCUCGACAGUGCGGACAAGAGCCACGACGUCUUCGAACGGUUGAUGUAUGUCACGGCCUUUGCAGUGUCAUCCCUGUCCAAUGCACGAGUUAAGGAGCGAUCGAUUCGGAAGCCAUUCAAUCCAAUGCUCGGGGAGACGUAUGAGCUUAUUCGGGAAGACAGGGGGUUCCGAUUCAUUGGCGAGAAGGUGUCACAUCGUCCAGUUCAGCUCGCGAUCCAUGCAGAGUCGAGUCAAUGGACGUUUACUCAAUCUCCCUUACCGUCGCAGAAAUUCUGGGGCAAAUCGUCUGAGAUCAUCACGGAAGGCAAAGCGCGAUUAGUCCUCCAUAGUACGGGUGAGAGCUACAGUUGGUCUGCAGCGACAUGUUUCCUGCGAAACAUCAUCGCUGGAGAGAAAUAUGUGGAGCCCGUUGGUACUAUGACGAUCUUCAACGAGAGCUCUGGGCACAAGGCUGUCGUAUCCUUCAAAGCCAAGGGUAUGUUUUCGGGCCGGAGCGAGGAAGUUGAAGUGCAGACGUUCGACGCCAACGGACAAGACUUGGCUAUUGGACUCAACGGUACCUGGACUAAUGCGCUCCAGCUUAAAGAGCCCGGGAAAAUCGGUCGCUCGACCAUCUGGUCUGUGGGACCACUUGUCGACGAAGCACCCAAACAUUAUGGAAUGACCUUGUUUGCAGUCCAACUCAAUGAAAUCACUGAGCUCGAGCAUGGGAAGCUACCACCUACGGAUAGUCGACUUCGACCAGAUCAACAGGCGCUGGAACGGGGCGAUCAUGACGGCGCAGAGACACUGAAGAAUCGGCUCGAAGAAGGGCAGCGAGCCCGACGAAGAGAGAUCGAGGGCAAUGGCGACGAGUGGAAAGCCAGGUGGUUUUCCAAAGUCGAACUGGAUGACGAGGUUGUUUGGAAGCUGAAGACAGGCAAAGAAGGGUAUUGGGAAGCACGAACACGGGGUGAGUGGACUGGUGUUGUGCCUGUGCUACAAGUGUAAUGUUGAUGGCAAGACCUCUAUACAAGGAGCAGAGAUGAAGGAGAAUGCUCACAUCUAACCCGCUUUUUGGAACUGAUACUGAUCCAAUACGAGUAUUAUCCGCGAACAUGGGACUCUCGCACUCUCUUCUGUUAUAAAUGUGGCCACCACAGCAUUCUAGUUCUCGGUCUCGUCCUCGAUCAAUUCCUGGACUUCACCCUUCACACAUCCUUGUACCUACACAAUACUGCACCCCCUGCAGCUGAAAGGUCCG